CACUUCCUCCCGCAGAGCCGGAGCCGCUCCCGGGGCGGGGCGGGAGAGGUCCCGGGGCCCCCCGAGCGUCCCGCGGCUCCGGGAGAUGGCGGCGCCCCCCACCCCGCGCGCCGCGGCAGAAGGGCCCCGGGGGUGACCCCGCGCCCCGGCCCCGCGGCAGAACGGCCCCGGGAGCGGAGCUUUGUGACGUCAGCCCGGCGGCCGGCGCGUCACGCGCGGGGCUGACCCGGCGGCGGGGCGGGCGGCCGGGACGCGCGGGGAGCAUGGAGCCGCGGGCCGGCUGCCGGCUGCCGGUGCUGGUGGAGCGGGUGGUCAACGGCGCGCUGCUGGUGUCCCUGCGCUGCGGCGAGCGCAGCUUCUCCGGGAUCCUGCUGGACUGCACGCAAAAGUCUGGCUUCUUCGGCCUGUCCCCGCCAGCUCGGCCACCCAAGGCGGAGGGACCCCCUGCCAAUGGUCGCCCUGGCCCGGCUGCCGAGGAGGAGGAUGCAGACACCACGCAGCCGCAGACGGGCUCCCCGCCUCCCCUCGACGGCGACCAGUUCCCCGGCCCGGAGCCACCCCUGCCACUCCUGUCGCCGCUGCCAGCCGGAAGCCUGCCCCCGCACCCGCCGUACUUCCAGGGGGCCCCCUUCCCACACCCGCUCUGGCUGAGGAGCACCUACAACCAGUGGGUGCCGCAGCCCCCGCCCAGGGCUGUCAAGCGGACGCGCCGGCGCCUGCCCCGCAGCCGCGACCCGGGGCGCCUGGCGCUGAGCCCCAUCCUCCUGCGGCCCCGCCAGGUGCUGUGCGCCCGCUGCAAGCGCACCCCGAGCCCCGAGGACGCCGCCCCCCAGGCCCCCCGGAGGCCCGACCGCGAGCCCGGGAGGCGUGAGGGCCCCGAGGGCAAUGCCCCCGCCAUGCGGAGGAGCAAGCGGCCGCGGCGGGAGGAGGCGCAGCCGCGGGGGGCCCCGGUGCCCCGGUCCCCAGCCAUCAAGAUCUCCUACAGCACCCCGCAGGGGGAGGGCGAGGUGGUGGAGAUCCCCCCGCGGGUGCUCGGCUCCCUGGAGCCCUUCUGCCCACCGCCCACGCCGCCCAGUGGGGACCGGGAUGCCAUCCCCAAGCUGAAGCUAGCACGGCCGCUGCGCCCUGGGCCCUCCCUGCCGCCCCCCAAGAUCCGCUUGAAGCCGCGCCGUUCAGGGGCCAGCGAGUGCCAGCCGGUCUACAGGGCCGAGCUGCUGCCAGAGCUGAACGGUGCGGGUGGCGCAGCCCGGCACAGGGUGGCUGAACUGUCCUCGGGCAGCUCUGGCGAGGACGACGAGCUCGGGGGGCUCCCCCAGGCGGGGCAUGGCCAGGACGGCCUGGCUUUCCUCAUCAGCUACCCGAAGAGGACAGCGGACUCCACCAGCGAGUCGGGGUGCAGCAGCGACAGCCUGGAGGAGCCCAAGUUGUCGUGCUCGGAGGUGGCCUCGCCAGACACGCACGACCUCCCUCCUGGCGAUGAGGCACCCAUGGCUGCCGCAUCCACGUCCGGAGGCACGUGCCCACCUGUCCCGCCCCUCACGGUCAGGCUGCACGCACAGAGAGUGCCCCCGCGCCUCCCCGCGGAUGGAAGGGCUGUGGCCGUGGGGGAUAUCGUGUGGGGUAAGGUUCAUGGCUUUCCUUGGUGGCCCGCGCGUGUGCUGGAUGUUACUCUUGGCCAGGAGGAGGACGGGGCACCUUCCUGGCAAGAAGCAAAAGUCUCAUGGUUCGGUUCUCCAACUACAUCAUCCCUGUCCGUUUCACAACUGUCCCCCUUCUCUGAAUUUUUCAAACUGAGAUUUAACCGUAAGAAGAAGGGGAUGUAUCGGAAAGCUAUAACUGAGGCCGCACAUGCCGCGCGACACGUAGCCCCAGAAAUAAGGGAGCUGUUAACGCAGUUUGAAACAUAACUUUGGUUCCCCGACAAGGUCCCUGGCAAUGAGGGCACCCUGCUCUCCCGAGUGUCACCCCCUUGGGAGCACCUGGCCACGACCCCAGCCCAGUGGGGAUCAGGCAUCCCUCCAGCCGGCUGCUCGUGGACCCAGGCCCAGCCCGCGGCAUCGGCGAGUCCUGGAGAGGAGCAGGUGCCUGGCACUGACCCGAGAAGCGCGACAUCUUGGCUGAAAGUCUCUUCUGGACGUGACACUGCGGGAGCCCCCACGCGCUCGCUGCUCGCUGUGGGCUGGGGGCGUCCUUGGGGGGAGUGGGGCCUGGGACCCCCAGCUUGGCGUGGGCUGCCCCGCGGGUUUCAGGAAACCAAAUUGCACGUUCGGUAUUCCCCCUUCCCCAGCUGUUGGGCGAGGGGUCCCUGUGCCCUCUAGACUGGGGGGCCCAGCCCAUCACCCUCACCCGCAUCCGUCUCAGAGUACAGGUCCCCGGGGUGCCCAGCACCCAGCCUGCAGGGCGGCCCCGUCCCCCGAGAGCUGCCGAGAGUCCUGGGACCGCGAGGAGGGGCCGUGAUCCCCUGUCCCCCUGUCGUCACCUUAAAGACCAAAAAGAAACAAAGAAAGAGAAAGAAAAUUUGUCUUCUCUUUCUUUCUUCAAGCAUAAAACAGAAUAAAAAGAAGCCAAUGAA